AUGCCAUCAACGCUAGGAAGUAGCUCUCAGCCUCAGACAGCUGGAUACCGCCGAUUGCAAGCACUCACGCCCCACAUCGCACCGCUGUCAUUCAACGUCCCGCCGCCAAUGGAGCAGCGAAAUGCUCUCGAUAGAAUGGCUGCGAAGCAGAUCGAACGGCGUAUCAGGAAGAAAGAAGAAAAGAGCUACAGCUCAGAUUCAAGCUCCAGUUCUUUGUCUAGCACCAGCUCCAUCGGAGAGUCUGCCCUGACAUCUCAUGAUGAGGUUAAUGGUAAACAAAAGAGAAGAUCCGAUAAAGCGGAGCGCAAACGAGCAAAGAAAGAAGAAAGGAAAGCGCGAAAGGAAGAGAGGAGAUCUAAGAAGCAGGAACGGAAAGGGGAAAAGGCCCAUGGGAAGAAGGGUAAGAAGUUGGAGAAAGACCAGAGGAUGGUCGAGAAGAUGGAUUACAUCGUCAUCGAGCCGCUGGAUACGUAG